AGAAAUUAUAAAAAUAUAACACAUCCAAACCAGAGAGAGGUUUUAAAAAAAUAACCCAAAAAACCUGGCCUCGUGUGGCGUUUAGUUACUGGCCAACUGCAAUGAUGAGAUAGCAGGACUGUGCCAGACAGGUCACACGCUUAUUGUUGCACAAUGCUACUGAAAGACGUCCAUUUCCUUACAUGUAGAUUCAUUAAAAUAGAAUGUAGAUGGAGCUUUAGAUCUGUAAAUGACAGGAAGUUAAUACACCCCUACUGCUCUGAUUCCUCUUUCCACAUGUGUUCACCCUUUAUUUUAUUUUACGCAACUGCAUGUUGAUUUUGGGCCAAACAUUUAUUCGGUUCCUAGUUUUUGUCUGCGGCCAGCAGCCACCACACCAAGUACACUUCUGAGUGUACAAAUACUUACUGAAUAAGGGCAAUUCUGAUUCCAGAAGAGGAUUUAUGACAAUAACCAUUUCACCAGAAUGUAGUUAUAAGUCUUGAUGGGUUAGCGUAACACUAUCUUCUUUGUAAUUGCGAACGUAGCCAUUCAUAGAAAUAAGAUCUUGUAGGGGACAAGUGUUGGCCAAUUUUACAUGUCUGAAAAUAUCACAUUUUCACCACAUCCUGUUUCAGUUCUGCUGAACAGUUAAUUCUUUCUGCGUCCCCAGAUGGAAUUAAAAGUCAUUGUUCUAACACAGGAUUUUCCCCACAAGAGGUUAAUAGAAAUGCUUAAACGUAGAUCCCGCUCAGAAACCAGUCUUCUGUGAUGUGGUGCGUGCGAAGAGCCUGUCGCUGGGAUUAAGUAGCCCGGUCCCUCUGGCUGAGGUGGCGUGUAUUAAUCACCUGUUAAGAGUUGCGUCUCUGACUAUUGACAAUAUGCAAACAGGACCAGAGAAGCCCUGCCAUGCGCUGUGAGUUUACGCGAAGUGGGAAAAGACAGCAGCUGUGGGGCUUGCGUGGUUCAGGGGAAACGCUCUGACGCUGCCUACGCCCUGGUGCUAGCCACUCAGAAACCCUUGCAGAAAACCUGUCUCACACAACCCGUGUGUUCUCUCCACGAGUAUGACCUCUCAAGAGUGCAAUACGUCGGUCCACGUCGAUAUGGCCCUCCCAUAUCGCAUUGCCCUGGUGUGCAUCUACAGCCUGGUGCUGAUCAUCGGGACCGCUGGGCUGGGCUUGAUGAUCCACAUCGUCAACUCCAACAUGAGGUCGGUCAUCAUCAUUGCCAUGCUCAACCUCAGCCUGGCCCACCUGUUUUUCCUGGUCACCGUGCCCUUCAGGAUAUACUACUACUCCAUUGAUUACUGGGGUCUUGGCGAACCGCUUUGCAAGUUUACCAGCGCCAUGAUCCACAUGCACAUGUACCUGGUGUUCGUUUUCUACGUAGUCAUCCUCAUCAUACGACUGUUGGGGUUCCACAGCAAGAAGGAUCGCUACGAGUUCUACAGGAAACUGCAUGCUUUUGGCGCCAGCGUGGCAGUGUGGGUGCUAGUGUCCAUGGUAGUUUGGCCCGUUCUCUACAUAAAAUACGGCAAAAUGCACACCGAUAAUACCACAGGCCAUUCCAAUAAUACCACAGGCCAUUCCAAUAACCACACCAGAUGUUUCCGGUUCGGCAAAGGACUGUGCCAGAAAAAGGUUCAAGUUCUCAACUACAUCUUGAGCUCUGUGACUGUCAUCGCGGCGUCCGUGCUGUUUGCCCUGCAGUGCCACGUCGUCUUCAUCCUGGUCCGGAAGUACGGGCGAGACUGCACAUCCCACCAGGAGUUCUGGGCCCAGCUAAAGAGCCUGUGUAUUGCAAUGGUGCUACUGGUCUGUUUUGUCCCAUAUCAAGCGUUUCGAAUCCACUACCUUAGAAACCUGCAUCUUGAAGACCUCAACGAAGUGUUCCUGAGUUUCACAGCCCUGAGCUGUGGUGACAUGCUUACUUUUCUAGGGAGGAGACACUGCAAUUUGUGUGACAGAAUACGAACUGCGUGAUGUCACGCCAAGAAUUACAAUUUAUUUUGUGGCUGGCACAAACAGCUAAUGUGUUUUUAUUUAUUGGUUGCAAAAGAUCUAAAUGUGAGAAAACUGAAUCGAUUUACCAAUUUAAAAGGGAAUAUGCUGAAUUUGCUCCCCACCCAAUAAGGCUCUACCUUAAUUUGAACGCUAUAUAAUUCUAGAGUAUCAAAUGGUAGGUGCAUGUACAUUGUUCUGUUGCCAGUAUGCCUGCAAACGCUCUGCCUAGCCUCAGGUUGCCGCUUGGCGUAUCAGAGUGUUUAUUUUCCAGUGGGUGAGGGCUGUGUCGACACCCCUUCGUGAACUCUUAAUUUAACAUGAAAACAUCCAAAAUAUUUUUUAUCACUCACGUGGAAAAUAACACAUGAGCACUGAUCAUGAGCACUAUGCCAGCAGACAACAGGUUUCUGUGGUGCUGCCAUACAAAACAAACAACUCAAUGCUAAAUAAACAAGGCACAUUUUAUUAACACAGUGCUAACUUCUAAAACCCACCUGAGACACCAACAAUCUCUGAUGCUAAGUGUCCCCCCCAUCCUCCGCCAAUAGCAAAUGCAACUGCUGCGUAUGAACGCAUCCAAAUACUGAAAUCCCAACUGGAGAAUUAUUUCAUAAUUAAAUAAAUGCCAAUUAGGUUAGCUUUUUUUGCAGGGAGAGACUUUGACUGCAGUAACGUGUGCCACAUUGAAUAAAGAAGCUAACAUAAAUGGAGCCUGACCACUAUAAUCACGUUGCUUCAUUGAGACAACAGAGCAAGCAAGCAGAUUCGUUAGGACAGUGCUUCCCAAACUUGCGGUCGGGACAAUGUGAGUUCCCUUGCAAAAAGCUUUACAUUAUUAAACCAUGGAUCAACAGUGUGCGCUAACCCCUCAGUGUAUUUAAAAACUAGAAAUGCCCCUGUGUUAAUUCCACUAUUAGCCUACUGCAGAUAUGGACAGCAUUACUUGUUAUAUAAUUUUUUUUCCUGCUGUUUACGAAAGGUAAAAGUCAGCAUGGUCAACAUGGAGCAGGGGAGGGGAAGAUAGUGUUUAUUUUGCUCUUGUAAUUCACCAAUCUUUCACAUGGGGUCAAAUCCCGUGUACAUUCAGUGGGGAGAACAAGUAUUUGAUACAAAGCAUGUAGAGGUCUGUAAUUGUCCUGUAGCCCAUCCCAGCGUUG